AUGCCACUUUUCGAAACAAUUCCCAUCGAUACUGAUCAAGUCCGUCAACUCGCUCAUGAUCAUUGGAACGUCGAAUUAGGAGAAUGUCUCAAAGCUUCACAAAAUCACACUUUUCUCGCCACGAAAAAAGAUACGACAGAACGUUUUGUCGUGCGAGUUACACCCGAUCCUGAUAAUAAACGAACCGACUGUGUUGAAUUGGAAGUAACUCUAUUGGAAUAUCUUUAUGAGAAUCAAUUACCCGUAUGUCGAGCUGUUCAAAGUUCCAUCACAUCAUCUCGUUUUGUUCGUAAUGAUUCAUUAAUAAUCUGUCUUUUUACAUAUGCAACUGGUGAUCCAAUAGUUUUCACAGAUUGGAUAUGGAUGACAAAUCGAGAGAUGGUAGUUGGUCUUGGUCAUUGGUUUGCUCGUUUACAUAAAUUAACACGUCGUUUCGUUGAGGAACAACCUGUGCUUGCUGGUUAUGCUCGUCAUUGGACUACACUUCAUAGUGGUGUCUUAGCUGGAGUAGAAGUUGAUGAAUGUGACAAAAAAACAGCAUCAGAUCCAAAUUACUUUGGAAUAAUUCAUGGUGAUGUAAAUCCAAGUAAUUAUUUUUGGGAUUCUACUUUUAAAAUGCCAUCUAUGUUUGAUUGGGAUCAAUUACAACAAUCGUGGUUUCUUUACGAUUUAUCAGCACCAAUAUGGUGUACUAUUAUGCUCGAACGAGCUGGUUCACCGAUUGAUCGAACAGCAGUACCACAAGCAAACUCAGAACUUUUUACAAAAUGGCUUCUUGAAGGAUACGAGUCAGAUGAAGAAGGUACUAUUGUUGAUCGUGAAGCUCUUCAUCGAAUGGUUAUCAUUCGUCGAGAAUUAUACAGUCGAUUCUGUCGACAAGCAGUUUUAGAGCUCUCACCUGAACAUCCAAUGGCAGAAUUUUGUCAAUUUAUGACUGAUUUUCUUAAUAAAGAUAAAUCGUUGUAG